GAUUUGUCAGUCGAGUAGCAAAACAACCGAGAAAAAUGGCUUCAAACGCUUUGCUCGUCGCUUUCUUCGCAACCAUCGCCAUCUCGAGCUGCUUGGGAGGCCCUUCUGUAGCAGUCCCCGCAGCUAUCCCUGCGGCGUACUCUGUUCCCUACGCUUCCUCCUACAGCGCAAAUGUCGUCAACCACGCCAUUGCUGCCCCGGUCGCUGUCGCUCCCGCUAGAAUCGCUGCUCCUCUGGUCGCUCCGGCGGCUCCACUCAUCGCUAAGUCCGCUCCGAUCGUAGCUGAGCCGAUCGCCGCCAGAGUGGCCGCUCCAUUCGUCGCUGAAUACGCUCAAUACGCUCCUUUUGCUAGAUACGCAGCCGGUCCGGUUUUGGCUCCGCAGUUCGCAGCUUACAGCGCGUUGCCUUACGCUUUGCCUGCGGGUGUAGCGCCGGUGGCUCCCGUUGCAGCUCCGGCAGCUCCGGUGCUCGCCAUUAAGUAGGAAGCAAGGGGGUUGGGUGGUCCGCAAUUUUUGUACAUAGCGCGUGUUUGAGCCACAAUACUGUUGUUCAUUUAAAUAAAUUCGUUUUUAAUAAUCCAUAUUCUUGUUGUUGCACAGCAUUUUUCCUUUCAAAGACGUUUUGUUCCAUCUUCUGGCCCUAAAAAGCCUAAUAUGCCCACCCCUU